AUGGCUUCGCGUCCAGCAAAAUAUCAUAACAAAAGAGGCCGUCAAACCUCUACUUCAAAGGACAAUAGCGAGUUGCUCGCCCAGAAAGGAGCACGACACAGCCCUUGCCGAAGAAGCGUGCGCCUCUCUCAAAGAUAUCCUUUCUGUGAGCAGGAAACUAAACAUCUCACGAGUCGCUCACUCGGAAAGACUUUUAUCACCCGUAUGAUCCUCCGACAGCAGCUAAUUCAACCUAAGACUCUUCAUGGUCCACCAAUCUCGUCGCAACAGCGUUCACCAAAGCAUAAACGACUACUCCCGGAACCUGAGCGUCCAUCUGAUAACCCCGAUCCCCCAUCGAAGCGGCCAAGAACCGACAAGAAUAGACUUGUUGAGCAUUGGACGCACAAUAAAUUCACGUGGCCUGAAAAGCUUUCGGAACCCAACACUAUGGAACACUUUCUUGCCCGGCCAAACACCCCAUCUCUUCGCCGGACGAAGUCAAACGGUAGUUUGACCACUGCGAGCGAAACGAGUUCGCGAGAGGCGAAGAGUAGACCUUACACUAACAAGAACUAUGAUACAUAUCUGGAGACUAAGGGCUGUUUUAUGUAUGACCAUGAUGAUGGUAUUGAUAGCGACAGCAAGUCUACCUGUCGUCAAAUACUAAGCGCAAAUCCCAAGGUUCCCAAGGGAACUGUGUUUGAACAAUGUGCCUUUGAAUCGACAUGUCGAAGGCUACAAAAGAAAAACGAAGCUGGGGUUACUCGCAUCAUAGGUGAAUUAAUCGUUCCGUCAGCAGAGAGUGCAAUCGACCUCAGCCAUGUCACUUUUCCGCAUUUGGUUGUUAGCGUGAAUGAAGGCUGGGAUAGCUCGAUUUCCCUAGAUGAGGAUCAACGAUUGCCACCACUUGCACAAACUCCACUUCUUCCACAAUCUCGACAAUUUCGAUUAUCUCGGCCACAGCCCGAUUACGCGGUCGGGUUUCCCCGACAAUCCUUCUCUGAGGAUCAACUGGAAAAACUUGCGCCGUUUGUCGGUGAAAUUGGCGAUAUGUCGUUCUUUAUGAGUACUGCUUACAUGUACUUUCCGUUUAUGACGGUUGAAGUGAAGUGUGGAAAAGCGGCACUCGAUAUAGCAGAUCGACAGAAUGCGCACAGCAUGACUCUCUCAGUAAGAGGUGUUGUCAAGCUCUUCAGGGUUGUGAAGCGUGAAAAGGAGCUAAAUCGACAGAUUCUUUCUUUUUCAAUUUCGCAUGAUCAUCGAAUGGUGAGGAUCUACGGUCACUAUCCGGUGAUUGAUGGAAAUAAGACCACCUAUUACCGUCACCCCAUUCAUGAGUUUAGUUUCGCAGCGCUGGAUGGCAAAGAGAAAUGGACAUGCUAUAAGUUCGUGAUGGGCGUGUAUGACGACUGGGCCCCUUCUCACUUCAAAAGGUUGUGCUCGGCUAUUAAUGAACUACCGGAGAUUAAGCCAGACGUAUCACAGCAUCCUGAAAUAUUACCGCAGCCCGAGCCGGGUUUUUCAGAAUCAACUGGACUUUCACAAGGAAUUGAGGGUGUCGAUGUACAAGAUUCAAGCUUUACAUCUGUAUUGGAAGAGGAAGCCCAGCCAUCUCCCCCCGAUUCACCGGUUCCCCCCUCAGGUCCUCCGCGGGAAAAUGAAGGGAAAUCCUCAGAAGCAUUCAAGUUGCCCCAGAAAAGACGCAAAUAG